AUGUCGCGAUCUCCCCCUCUUCCUUCUUUCCGCCCAGCAGCACCUCGCGCAUCUCCUAACCACUGGGCGAGCCAGCACGACCUUGCUCCUGCGAGAUUCCAGCCAAGAGCGCCUGCGCACGCUGCUUCUGCCACAGCUGGUGAGCUUUUAGCAGCCGGUAACAAGACUUCACAAACCACACAACGUGGGGGACACAGCUUCGAGCAGCCUCUUGUCCUUUCAUCCGACGGACACGAAGCCGAGCAGCAACCGCCAUUCGCAGGGCAUUAUCUUCCAAAUGUCAUAGGUCCGAGCCUCAGUUCCUCUAGCGAGAACGUUGCACGACAUACCAAUGCGCCAUUCUCGGUCAAUGAAACGGAUAGUGGACUACUUCAGCCUCCAGGUGGGACGGGCCGAGGACCAUCUGCGACCUCCGCACAGCCCGGUUACGUAGGGCCGUACGCACACAGACCCUAUCUCAAUGGCAAUGGGGCACUCGAGCAUCGGACGAGCGGGCAACAGAGCUGGCCGCCAGGUAUUCCGCUACGGCCAGACAUCGGACCCAGAGGGCAUGAGCUCCCGGCACACUCGCCCUCGAAUGGCGUGCCGCGAGCAAGUAAAGGUCUACAUAGAGGGCCUAACAGGUCCUCCUUCCGCGAGCAGUCUGGGCCCAACGCAGGUCCGGUGAGUGCAGGUGUGGACGCUAGUCGAACACUUGAGCGGCCAAAGCUGAGAACGCAAGCCGGCCGAUUCCUCUGUUAGCAGGAGGAACGACUGUCCAGGGACCCCAUGUCACUUGACUUGAGAGCGAUCAUCGCAGAGCGUGAGAGCCUUGCUGAACAUCUAGAGUACAAUGGCCAGGAGCUGGAAGCGCAGCGCACAAAGACAGAGGCCCUUCAGAGAGAAUUCGCUAUCGAAAUCGAGCAGCGGGACCUACUCGAGGAGCGGCUUGGCACGAUGGAGUCGGUAGCACUGGCAUUGCAGGCACGAGUGAGAGUACUCGAGACCGGCAAGAGACACAUGGAGGCAGACCUUCACAGGCUGAAUGAAGAGCAGCUGGUCGUGACGGCAAGGACGGGCCAACUUCACGAGCGCUGUGUCGGCGCUGAGGUAGCGCUUGCGAGGGCCCGGAGUCAAGGUGCAAACUCAGCAAAGAGUUUGGCAGCUGUACCAACGAACCAGGGUAAUCACGCAAGACUUGAUCGUUCCGACGAGUAUGUUUUUAGCGUAGCGCUCAAACGCAAAUUGACUCAGCUCGCGGAGGAUCGCCAGCGCUGCGCGCCCGCAUUCAACGGGCAUUUCACAGGAAGCUGGGACGUCGAAUCAGCCGACGAAAGCACCGUCGAUGCCACGAGUCUUGAAGAUGAGCGGGCGCUCGAUCCGCAACAACCGCCAUCAAAGAAAGCUCGUGCUUCAAGCGCCCUCAGUCAGCUGGCCGAGACUGUGAAGAAAAGCGACUCGAACGAAGAUUCAUCGGCAGCGCAGCUCGAAAAGACGACAGAUACUCAGAGUAUACGCACUGUCGAACAUGAUGCGGCGAUGUCGUCAUCCAUGCACUCGGCUGCCGAAGUAACCGAGAUCCCCUCAUUGCCUGCCGCGGUCCAACGUGCGCAAUUCGUACAUGAGCCCAUCGAAGAAGUCUCGGGCUCCUCAGUCCUGUCGACUCCACCCGGAACGCCAACGACAUCGAGGACUGCGGCACCCUCUUCCUUGUACGAGGCAUCAGAGGCUGCGCCGAGCCCCUCGGAGCAAGCAACUUUCGUCUCUGAGCUUUCCAUACCAUCGGAUGCCUCCACUGCCUCCUACUCCCCAAGCCAGUCCGGUGCAAUGUCAGAAAGCUUGACUGUGGCGUCAUCACGACCAGCUGGUCAUGUCAGCGCACCUCGGCUCACUUCGUCGCGAUCCCCGCGAAAAUCCACAGCUCUCUCUCCACGCCGCAUCGCUCUCACGUCUGAAGCUCGGGGUAGGACAAAUAGCGGGUCAAGCACAGCGCAAACUUCUUCUUCUGCGAGCAGAGAGUCAGCUGCAGUCUUGACUGCGCAGUCGCCUACAACACCUUUCGAGAUUAUCUCGCCAGAUUGGCUACACUGGCCAACACACUGGGACAUCAGGGGCGACUUUGCGGAUCGGCCACGGAAUGUCUACGGCAGCCAGAAGUACUCCCAGCUUGUCGAGUUUUUGAGACGCAAGCCCUCCGACAGCACAGGGCGGGCCAGUACUCUAUUUGCUUUGAAGAGCAAAGAGCUGCAUAAGCCUCAUCAGCAAGAUUUCAAAGCUUGGCUGCGUGGAGCGGUUAGUUUUGUCGCUUUUCAAGUGUGGGAAGACGAUGACGACGUGUUGCGCAUUCAACUCCUCAAUCCUAGCAUGCCGUGGCGCAAAUUUCGGAAUUUGAACGGACCCAAGCUGUCGAAGUGGAUUGCAAAUCGUGAAGCCGAGGCUCGACAAGCGGAGGCGGCCGAAGCAGACGGGUCAACGGGUCGUGGAGGAGGCAGUGACACCCCAAGCCUAUCGGAAGCUUCCACCUCGCAGAUUUCAGCCGCGGAGGGCGAAGAAGGCAACGAGGCAACCUCUGCGGACAAGCCCUCUUUGAGGCGAAUCAAGCUCAUUAAGGUACGGUUCUCACGAAAAGACUCGUCAGCCUCACAAACCCAAGCAAAUUCUAGCGCCCCUGUUCAUGGCGAUAGCAUCACGCCUACCGCAGUGCCUGCUUCAUCAGCCAAGGAGAGCUUUGCGAGGGUUCCAUCCGAGCCUUUCCACAACGCGGCGACGCAGCCAGUCAUCGCACCUGAGCCUGUUGAAGGUCACGCAAUGGGUUCGGUAGCAUCGCCAGCCGAGCAAUCUAUCCCAGGCUCGCAAACUCAGGCCGAUUCUCAGCACACAUCGGACAUGGACGUCGAUGUCGAAGAGCGUCUAGAGAACGACAACCGAUCCUCGCCAAUGCCAGAAGUCGCGGCUGUGCGCACCGCGACUGCUGAGCAUCCAGUGAAGCAAGGCGAACCGACCCGAGUGGCGCAAAUCGAGUCCAGACCAUUAAGCUUCGGUGAUCUGACUGCUGAUGUCGAUCCUCAUUCUAUCAGAGCUCUGUAUCCUCUCGCAGACAUCGUGAGAGAAGCACAGUACGCCCACGAAGGAUCAACACCUUUUCCUGGCAUCGGCGUCGACAGUCUUCGCAAGGAGCUGCAACAAAGAAUGGGCCCCAUCUAUUCGGUGUGUGGCUUGCAGGUGCAAGACUUUCAGAGAUGGGUGCAGCGGGUGGCAUCCCAGCACUUGCUCUUAGAAUGGUUGGAUCCUGUCCCAAACUCUGACAAUGAAGCCUCUGUGAGAUUGACAGACAAGGAAGAGCCCUUUCGCAUCGAAGUCGAGAACGAUGCGUACUUCGAAUACAUACAAGCCUGGCAUGAUGCUGAAGGUGAACCUGGCACAGCUUUCGCCUCCAACAUCUGA